AUGGCCAAAGUCAAGGGCAAAAAGGGCUCGGCGGGAGGAGUGAACAGUCACAUCCGCGCCCGAUUAAAUUAUCUGCAUGCCGCUGCUACAUAUCUACAAACGGGAGAAAUUCCCUCCAAACGACCUACAGACCUGGGUCCCCGCGAGAGCGCCGAAGCGGAGGACAAAGAAUCGAAGUCCGUUUCAGCUCGCAUUGUGCCGCAAGUUGUGAGCAAUGAUGUGGCGAUGUCCGAGGAACCUCUUUGUACCAAAAGUACGCCGGUUCGAGCCCCAACUAGUCAUAACUCGCGCCUUUCGCGAGUGCUCAUUUCUCACAUGCGCGGGGUGUCUUUGAAGUCCCAGCUUCGGCUUCCGGUCGAUGUGAAACGGUCGUUCUGUAAACGCUGCGAGUCGCAUCUGGUUCCUGGUGUCAAUUCUACCCAGGAGGUCAGGAAUGACAGCCGUGGCCGCAGCAAGCCAUGGGCGGAUGUUCUGGUCGUACGAUGUACCACGUGCGGCACAGAAAAGCGUUUUCCUCAAACAGAAAAAAGGAGCCAAAAGUUGCCAGAACGUCGCAAAAUGCAAGAACAGACAGCGAAAACAGCGACAGUACCUUGA